AUGUCAAACGUCUCUACGGGUACGGCCCGACUGCCUGGAAAUCUUCCAGUUCGGGCUCUGAAUGCCGUGGAAACGGACAUUCUCGGCCUUGACGACCCGGCCAAACUCUUGGAGCGACUUACUGAAAAACGGCAUGUCACUGCCAGGAGGGCAGAAGUCGACGAGGUAACAUCGAGCUGCCCAGCGAUCUGGAAACCACUUGUCGACAAAAACCAGCUGAUGCUGAUUGAUGACGAACGGAACGGCCCUUUCGAGAAGUACAAGCAAGUCAAGAGCGUUGUGAAUUGCUUGAUUUACAAGUACAAAGACGAAGAGAAAUUCGAAGAAGCAAUCAAGGAAUAUCGCCAACUAGCGGAGGAUAUUUUUGACUAUGGCGGUAUCGGCAACACCGUUGACGGCAAGUAUCAGUGUUGGGUUUCCGACGUCGGUAAUCGACAGCGUAGUUUCCGACCGUCGUAA